AUGUUGACGCAGGCAUCCUGUCUGGGAUUUUUAGCGGUAUUCAGCUUUACAACAGCACAAUUUCUCGGGAGCUCAUUGUACAGUGCUUUAGCUGGCUAUGGAGAAUCCGACAUGUGCCGUUAUAUCUCCUGUCCAUUUGGACAAUAUUGUUGGAAUGGGAACUGUAUAAGCACUGGAGGAAUAGCUGGAGCAAGAGGGCUUGGUGGUCUUGGUAGUCUCAAUGCUCUCACCACAGCCGCAUCUUUAUAUGGUCCUGCAGGAGGUAGAGGUAAAAUUUGCUUUAUUUGAAA